GCAGUUUUACUUCGCUGUGCCGGCGGAGAGGCGUGGGGACGGCGCCAUGGCUCCGGUGCUGAACCUUAACAACGAGGUGAGCGGGGCGCGCGGCCGGUGGACCCGCAGGAUAGAGAUGGGCCAUGGAGGAAAGGGAAGGGCCGUCCCGUCCCGGCUGGCCGGGUAGGAGGCGCUGCCGCGGUGCCUUCGCGCUCCCGUCACCGUGUGUCUCAGCCACCAGUUCCGCCUCACCUCACCGCGGCUCACCCGGGCCGGGCCCGUUUCUCUUCAUGUGGAGAAGAUGAGAACGGCGAGUCAACGUCUCAGAGCCUCUCUUCGCCUUUAGCGGGUUUAGUGCUGCUUUCACGCUCUGUAGAACGAGCAGCGUGCUGCAGCGUGGUGCGUUUCGGUUGUGGUCAGGGCUUUGUUAGUCAGUCAUUGCAUGUGAUGAGCCUGGCUCAGAGUUACCUGCUGUGCACCUUUAAGCCUGCUAAUUCUGCUGCACGUGUCGUACCGGCUCCGGCAGGCACGAGCACUGCUCCUGGGUAAUUCAUUAAAGUCGCUAUUCAUCAUUUGCAAGAGAACUAGAAUUGGUGCUUAUCUAAGUGUUUCCGAACCUGUUAAGAUUAAGCCCUGCGUUCCAAGCACGUAACAGCUCUGAGGGGGUGAUUUGCAGCUCAGGAAUUUAUGUGGAGGUAACCUGUUCAUCAGAAAGUGUGUAGUUUAAUGUUGCCUCAGAUGCAGCUAUCUAGCUGAUUACAAGCCGUUGGUUCUUGUGGCUGCCAAACGAGGCCAAGUGUAACCAGCUUCACACUGAAGCAUGCUAAUGAAAUUCUGAAGGAGAGCAUUGCAUUCCUUGCUGAAACCUGGUUUUUUGAUGGUAGGUUUGGAAGCGCUAACUGAACGACGUCGUUUACUAAAGAGAGGUGCUCUUAUGGGAGGGAUUGCAGUAAGAAACAGUAGUUGAGUGAGGAAUAGCCAAACCAUUCCUCAGGAAAAGGGUUUUAGUGAUCUGCGUAGAGAAGAUGGACAGGUUUCAGUAAAGACACUGGUGCUGGUUUUAUUUUGCACAGCUCAGCCAUCACCCUAUACCAAGAAGAAGCCAGAAGGUAGUCCUCUGAGAGAUUCCUGAAGCGGUGAACUUGCAUCAGGACUUCCCAGAGACAAAAAGUCAGGCACUGUAUAAAACGCAUCGAUUUAAAGACAGUCUGUAGUGCAGACUGAAAUCCUUGCCUUCAGCCCAUUAAGAGGGACAGCAGAUCAAGCCUGCAAAGAGUAAGAGCUGCAUCUUUCUGAUGGAGACCUGCUGUCUAUAGAUCUAGCUUUUUUUCCCCCCCCCCAAUUUAUACAGCUUCUCAUAAAGCAUCUCUAGUGUAUUAUCUACUGCAAGAAGGAGUCGUAAAAUUUUCUUCACCAGGAUAAUCCUCUGUGUAUUUAACUUCCUGGGAAGCUUUUCUGAGAGUCUGUCUUGCUGUUAAGACGUAUUUCUCUUUCUCUGAUAAAGGUAGCAUUGUAGUGUGUGAGCAUGAAUAGAGUAAUGGCAUUAGAACUAAAUUUCUCUUGCAUAUGCUUCCAAUUUGGUAAGGGGUAAUAUUAAUGUAUAAAAAUGAGCUUUAUACAGUGCACCCGUUAGACUUGCAUCGAAUAGACACAAUGGCAAUUAUUGCAGAAGGAAAUUGAAGUUACAUUUAAAUGGCUAAUCAACCUGUUUGUUUCAUCUUAUCUGGAUUUACAGUAGUACUCUGUUAAACUCUUAUAAACUUGGCUAUAUUAUAUUUACAUGUUUCUAACUUUAAUUUUCAUAAAGGCAGGCUUCUGCUCUUAACUAAGAAACUAUUUUGCCUAUUAAAUGGUAGAUUCCUACAAGAUUUUAGGAUGGUAGAAUUCAGUCUGCUGUUAACUCAUUUGCUGGAAGAUCAAAUACCUCAAGAAUUGCAUUUUUCAGGUAACAUCAGUUGAUGCCAUUCAUAAUGUUGACCCUUAUUUUCAUUAGCUCUUGUGGUAUGUUUGUUCCUGGUAUUUAAAGGAAUGAAUAGGUACUAAUCUCCAGAAACAACUUCUGCAGUGUAUAUGGCAUUCCUGUAAACUGUGUUGGUAUAGGUAAAAGCUGUAUGAGUAAGAUGUAUUUGUUUAGUGUAUUUCUGUACAAGAGGAAUGAGCAAUCACUGUUGGAAUAGGGUCAGUAUAGUUCAGUGGCAGGAGGUCUGGCAUUACUGUUGUGGUGAAAACAAGGCAAAACAGAAAAAAAAAACCAAGUUUGUGUUCUGAAUGGACAGCUCAGCCAUUUGUUGCCAAUAUUAUCGAGAAUUAAGAUGUGGAAGUGUUUUGGAAUGGCAGCAAUGCAGGUAUUCGAUUGGGUGUUUUAUUUCCCUUGCCACCAGAGAAUCUUGAUGUUGAAUCUUUGGAUGUUGUGUUGAGGGGCAUGGUUUAGCAAGAACCAUUGGUGAAGGGCAAAUAGUUGGACUGGGUGAUCCUGUGGGUCUUUUCCAACCUUAGCGAUUCUAUGAUUGAAAGUUAGAGCUAUAUGAAAAUCUUAGUAUCCAGGGAAGUGAAACAAGUAAAAGACUGUAACGUGUCUCCUUUCUUUCCGACAGCCUUUGAGUUCAUUUGGUAAUUUCAGAGAAUUUGGAGAGGAGACCUUGGGAGUCUUUAAAAAGGUACCAUUUAGAUAGCAAAUAGCGCAACCAUGAGAGAGCAAACUCCCAGCUCUUCCAAUCUAACGGCCAAUGAAAGUGGAAAAAAAAUAUAUAUGUGCUUACUGUGUAAUUGCCGUGUGAUUUCGUGACUGCAAAAUAAGGAUUGAGAAAAGGCUAAAAAAAAAAAAGAAAUAUUUCUGUGAUUCAGACAUCCCAUUUCUGUUUUUCUAUUGCAUUUUGACUUCUGUGCCCAAGGCAGAGUAGGAGGUAGGGAAUUAUAGAGAGAGAGGGUGAAGGUUGAAGAAGUUAAAAGGAAGUAAAAAUGUGAAGAUUAGAGUUCUUGAGAAAAAAGAGGGAAAUACAGUAUUUUUUUUACUGCUUUUCACCUUCUUUUUGUUUGUUUAGGGAAAAAAAAAAAAACCAAACAUAAAUUACAAAAGAUAAAAAGAUGAGUUUUGUUACUUUUAUGUAUCAACUGCAUGUGAUUGUUCUUCUGCCAUGCUUGUCUGUGUUUGUCUAUAAUUGUAUUCUCACCCCAUCUUUAAUUUUAUAGGCAUACACAGGGAAGGAAUCCUUUAUAAACACUGCUGUGUGAUGUAUGUUUCUCAUUUUAGAGAGCAUUUCAAGGGUUUUCGGGUAUCACAGAAUAGCUUGCUGUACUAAAAAAUGCAUAUGAACUAAACUUUCUGGUAGCAUGUGCUAGGUGGCAGCACAUCAUCAACAGCCAUGGAGAGGGCAAGCCUAAAGGGAGACAGACAGCACGUUGAACACGAAGGAUUAUUUCUGUCUAUCAGAAGUAUACGGCAGAAUGAAGCAGAAGCUUGUGAAUGAAAACCAUCAGGUUGUGAAGAUGAGGAAAGAUGUGAAGAAAGCCAGAGUCCUGACCAUCCGCAGGCUGACCAGACACAUUGGGAAACUGAAGUUGAAAAAGGGUUCAGAAGACUUGAAGUUAAAGAACCAAAAACGAGUUGAGAGAUUAAUAGAAGAAAUCCAUGCUAUGAAGGAAAUAAAGCCAGACCAAGUUACCAGACUUGCACUUAGGAAAGAAGUUAAUUUUGAAAGUGUCUGCAGAAAGCCAAAGUCCACUGCAAGUGAGCGAGCUAUUGCAAGACUUGCAACACACCCCCUUCUGAAACCCAAAAUUGCUGAACUUAAAGCUGCUGUAAAAGCUUUUAAGGAUGCAAGACAGAAUCCAGCCAAAGCCAACCCUUCAGAAAAGAAGUCAGAAGUUCAGCCUAAAUCAGCACAGAAUUCCAACAGCAAUUUGAAUGGACAAGUUCUUAAACUAGUUCAAAAGCAGCAAGGAUUUGGAGACAGAACAAAACCGAGUGUGAAAAUGGAAACUGUAGGAGGAGCUGAUAAAGUUAGUGAGGGUGAACCUGAACAGGAAAUUAUGGAAAUGGAGAGAAUUCCAAAAGAGUUUUCACCUCAGUCAAUAGAAAUGCAAGCAGUCACUCAGACAGGGAAGAAACUUGGCUGUAAAAAAAGGAAAGAGAAUGUGAGCAUGAACAAAUUAACUGCAGUGAAACAAAUAGUUAGGGAUGAUAGUGACCUGGAACAACAGAGUGAAGAGGAGUACUUUGAUGAUAGUACUGAAGAGAGGUUUUAUAACCAGACAUCAAAUUCUGAUAGUGAUAGCAAUGAUGAUUUCUUCAUUGGCAAAGUGAAAAGAAAGAAGAAAACAGCAGCAGCUAGUGAUCUUUUUUCAGUAGAAGAAAAGAAUACACUUCAGAAAAACAUACCUAAGGAAGAAAAGAGUACAGUAUCUGGGACAGUGCAAAAUUUGGUCAUGGAAGGAAAGCCACAUGGAAAAGCAAGGAAGCUGGAAUCAGUGUUCUGUACUUCUUUGUCUACCUGCAAUCAGAAAUCCCAAAACAGAAGAAAUACGAAAGACCAGCCCCUCACAAACAGACAAACAGCUCUUCAUAAAAAGGAACCACAGCUCAAAAAGCAAUCGUUUGCAAAAGCUUCCAUUCUUAAACGUGACGGUAAGAAUCCACGUUUGGAGCAGCCUCUUCAUCCUUCAUGGGAAGCAAGCAGGAGACGUCGGGAACAAAUGUCACAAAUUACAGCAUUCCAGGGCAAAAAGAUUAAAUUUGAUGACUAGGCUGCAUAUAAAUUGAGAUUUUUAAGAUAUGGCUUUUGUAAAUUUGCGUCUCACGAUGUUUUUGUAGGUGGUAAAAAGAGGUUUUAAGAACAUCAUCUGUGCCAUGAUGGAGGAGUACAGAUUCUCUGAGGUUUUAUUUUUGUAAAAAUGUACUUUUAACUGCUUGAGAGACUGGAUCUAAGGUAAUAGGUAAGAAUACCACUGCUGGAGUGAUAAUCCUAGGUCUGUAUCAUCAAAUAACAUCUCCGGUGAGGAGAAGAAAUCUCUUAAACUUGAGCAGACUUUACAAAUUCAUUCAUGUGUCAGGUAGCCAAUUGAAAGCCAAUUGGUAAUGCACAUGCUGUCAAAACCUCUGGAUAACAAUAAAAUAUUGGCCUGUUAAA